AUGCAUGUUAUCUCGAUCCUUCUGAUGGUCAUUGCAUCCACAUGUUACUGCGUUUCCCCGACUAAGAAUCCCAACAAUAUGGAUAUGAUUGAGGACGCGUACAGUGCUGACGCAAACAAUGAUCAUAACGCACGAUUCCUUACUUCGGCCAAGCCAAUUCCUACGUCUCUUAUAGACAACGAGAUCAAGGCGAACAAACGAUUGCCAAAAGCAAUAAAGCUGUGGAGAGACUUUAAAAGCUUCAAAUGGUUGAAGGGCUGGAAAAAGCGACCAACGUCAAUGUUUAAGGAUGAGUACUUAGAAGAGAUCGAAAAAAUUUCGCCUCUCUCAUGA